AUGUCGUACUCAGACAAUGUCAUUGUGAAAAAGAGGGACACGUCGAUCAAAUCCCCCAUUUCCUCCAUCACUCAGCAUGGACGUGUCGAGGGUGCAGAGUCGAUCUCAUCUGAAGCUUUCGGGACUUUCGUGGGCCAGGUCUGGCUAGAUCCGAUGUUGAAGAGCGGCGACGACAUCCUCGUGGCGAAUGUCAGUUUCCAGCCUGGUGCCCGGACGAAUUGGCACCGACAUGAAAAAGGACAACUCUUGAAAGUCACGGGUGGUUCUGGCUGGGUUUGUGACCAGGGCCAAAAGCCUAAGCGCAUCUCUGUUGGGGACAUCAUUUGGUGCCACGCGGGAGGCAUCCACUGGCACGGAGCGGAUGAUGGCAGUUUCAUGGUCCACGAGGCUGUCUCUCUGGGUGGUAUUGAGUGGUACGAUCCGGUGGAUGAAGAGGAAUAUGCGGCAAAGACGGGGUGA